AUGAGUCUUCGAGACAUGCGUCUUCUGGCUGCGGCUUACCCCGGGGCCUUCGCUGCUGUCUCCUCUAUGGCUGCAGUCAGCUAUCACCAUGGCUACCCCAUGGCUUUCCCGCCGUUCCCCUACACAACAGCAGUGGACCAGAUCGCGGCCUUAGAUUGUUCCAUGAGGCACCAUCACAGACUGAUGCAGGAGGAAUCCUCAGGGAGGAACAAAGUUUCCGCUUCAGUGGUUUCCGGGGGUCCCACAGCUGGCCACGGGAACGGCAUGAUGGAGAGUCUGAUGCUGGACAGGAAGACCCCACAGAGAAUGUCCCCGGCCUCAGACAUGGGCGCCUUCUCGUUCCUCGACUCUCCGGAUCACGGCAAACUGGGGGACUCGCUCAACUCAUCAGGCAACACCGAGGACGGCAAAGACCCCAACAGCAGCAAACGACGCAGGACACGGACCAACUUCACCGGCUGGCAGCUGGAGGAGCUGGAGAAGGCCUUCCAAGACUCCCACUACCCGGAUGUCUUCAUGAGGGAGGCUCUGGCUCUCAAGCUGGACCUGGUCGAGAGCCGUGUACAGGUCUGGUUUCAAAACCGGCGGGCCAAGUGGAGGAAGAAAGAGCACACGAAGAAAGGCCCGGGGCGGCCCGCCCACAACGCCCACCCCCAGACGUGCAGCGGCGAUCCUAUGGACGAGGAGGAGAUCAGGAGGAGGGAGCAGGAGAGGAUCGAGAAGAAGAGGAGGAAGCAGGAGGAGAGGCUGAGGAAGUUGGAGGAGAAACGGAAAUCCCUGACGGGUCUGCACUCCUCCCUGACGUCAGAGGAGCGCAAGAACCGCGCGCUGCGGCUGAGCGUGGACAAUUUCCUGUCCUCUACUUCCUCUAUGUCCGGCAACAGCUGCGACAGCUUCACGGACAACAUGGCCGACAAAAGCGAGCACCCCAGCUCCAUUUUAUCCCUGUCCGUCAGUUCCCUGCUGGGCGCCCCACCCCGGGCCCACGAGAACCCCGGCGGCGCGGGAAACAUCAAAUCCAGCGCGUUCAGCAUCGAACGUCUGCUGGAGGCGCCCAAAGUCCCGAGAGGCAGACGACCCAAUUCCAAGUAUCCGCUGGUACAAGCCUGCAAGUCUUUAGGCACCUUAAGUCUGGGUCUGCUGCCGUUUUUCCCCAUGACCCAGCCCAUGGGGUUCUUAGUUCAGCAUCGCGAGAGCCCCCUCACCCCCCUGCUCGAGUGUUCAGAGGCGGAGCACUCGUUGUCUAGUAACGAGGACACUUUCCCACACGGGGACUCUCACACACCAAACAAGGACACAUUUGAAAAGUUUAACCGGACCCCGCCAGCUCCCGGUAGAGCCACUCCCCCACACCCCACUCCCCCACACCCCACAAACCACACCAUCAAACAAGAAAACGACACCCUUCACGUCUCCAGUAGUGAAAACAUAAACACGCCCACAAACUUCUUGCUGGACAAUACUGAAGAUACGUGUCGUUCAGACCUAAAGUCUUCGUCAGCGAUAAAUCUAAGUGUGAUCAGCGACAGGAACAACAACAGCAGCAGUCCGGCAGAUGUGAACAGCCCUGUCUGUUUUCAUAAAACGAAUACAACAGCCAACAGCAUUGACAGUAUGUUGAAUGAUGAAAACAUGGACCUGGACAUCGUGUAA